AUGCAUAGUCUUAGAUAUAGAAACAUCCAUACUCAGCAUCAUCAGAAGCAACAAAUCAAAAGCCACCCUUUGGAAGAUAACCUACAUGUUGCCUCUUAUAAAGAAAGUAUGUCAAGAACAGCAAAUCAGGCUAUGAUACUAACAUCAGCUUUCAAGGCCAAGGGACCUGGGGGCUUGUCGGCAUCAGCUGAAACCCUUGAUGAUCUCCACGGAAUGACCUUGUCAUCGGUUGUUUCAUUAUCUGUCCAACCCAGGACCUUGAUCCAAUUUAACCUCCAAGUUCCUUCAUCCACCAGCGCCAAACUCCACGAUCUUCGCUGGUUUGCAAUUCAUCUAUUACCUCCAGUGAAAGGCUCGGUUGAGCUAGUGAAAACUUUUAGCAAAGGCUCAAAAUAUUUAUCUAAAAAUCACCAUGCCGACAACAAGAAUAGUGACUUUGGGAAACUCUCAACAAAACCUUUCAUAGACUUGAAACCUGAACAGUUUAUAUUCAGUUCGCAAGUGUAUAGUACAAAAAAUAUCUUGGUAUCGUCGCCCUACUAUUCCAUAAGUGAUGAGCGACGUAAUACCACUUCAAUGGAACUAUCAAAAGAGAAAUUAGACAUUCCAUUGUUAUCAUCGGCAGAAAGAAUAUUGAUAUGCUCCAAGGAUAGGGUCUUCAAGGUCGAUGACCAUGAGCUUUGGAUAGGAGAGGUCAGAGAUAUAUUGAUUCAUACUGACUUCCAUCAAAAUACCAAAAGCGGAGGGUUGUUGUUUUUCAACAGAAGUUUCCACAAACUUGGGGCUUGCUUGAGUGACACAGAAUGA